CCCGAGCAUGGCGUGUCCUUCCUCCCCAUUUCCUUCCUCCUUGGGUUAGAAGUCAAGUUUAGAGCUCUGUUGACACCUUAACCCAUGGUGAUGCCAAAGGGCACUGGAAAUGCAGUUCACUUCUGGGGUGGAAAUAGCAACUUUGUGCCAGAAAAGCCGUGGAGACAGGAAAAUUUCCUGGGAUAGCGGGACACGCGCUGUAUGUCUCACCAAGAGUUGAGCAAUUGCUAAUGCUUGGAUGGAGCAGGAAUAAUUUUGGGUUCAAAGCCCAAAAAUAAGUGGAGGAUGCUGAAGAAUAGUUGAUGGCUCAGCCUUCCUUGCAUCCCAUCUCCGCGUUGUGGAAGGGAUUUGUACAUCCUGAGAUGGCUCAAUGCUCACCCCGCUCCUCUCUGUGCCAUUCCCAACUGAAACACCACUGCGGAGACAGCAACGCCAAGCAGUGUCUAAGCAUUUGGCGUCACUCUCCCCGCCGCUCACUGCUCCAUCGGCUGGCAGCCCCAUCGUUCCCAACCUGCCGCACAUCGCUCCUUCAGGAUAAACAUUCCCUGGGCGCGGGCUCUGCCCACACGCGCGAUUUCGCUUAAGCAGGAGACACGGCUUCUGGAGGGAGUUUGCACUGGAGCCUCUUACAAGAUCCACGUGGUGACGUGGCAGCCAAGACGUAGAAGCUCGGGACUUCUCUUCCACUGCAACAGAAUUUGGGGGGUGGGCAGGGGUGGGCCAGGGGGACGCUGGGAGUCACAAGACCCCUCACCUUCACUGUGGGCUUGGCUCAGGGAUGACUGCAGGCAGAGUCAACCCUUACAGCAUCGUGUCCUCUGAGGAAGACGGGCUGAGGUUGACCACCAUGCCAGGUAUCAACGGCUUUGGCAAUGGGAAAAUCCACACCAGGAGAAAAUGCAGGAACAGGUUUGUAAAGAAGAAUGGUCAGUGCAACGUGGAGUUCACCAACAUGGAUGACAAGCCACAGAGGUACAUUGCAGACAUGUUCACCACGUGCGUUGACAUCCGCUGGAGGUAUAUGCUCUUGCUCUUUUCCCUGGCAUUUCUGGUGUCCUGGUUAUUGUUUGGGCUGAUUUUCUGGCUAAUUGCACUCAUUCACGGAGAUCUAGAAAACCCAGGUGGAGACGAUACCUUCAAGCCUUGCGUUCUGCAGGUCAAUGGCUUUGUGGCUGCUUUUCUGUUCUCCAUAGAGACCCAAACGACUAUUGGUUAUGGCUUCCGCUGUGUAACAGAGGAGUGCCCACUUGCUGUCUUCAUGGUGGUGGUUCAGUCCAUUGUGGGGUGUAUAAUUGACUCUUUCAUGAUUGGUGCAAUAAUGGCAAAGAUGGCGAGGCCCAAAAAACGGGCUCAGACGUUACUUUUCAGCCAUAACGCAGUAGUGGCAAUGAGAGAUGGAAAACUCUGCCUGAUGUGGAGAGUUGGGAACCUCCGGAAAAGCCACAUAGUAGAAGCCCACGUAAGAGCUCAGCUAAUUAAGCCCAGGAUCACAGAAGAAGGGGAGUACAUACCACUCGACCAAAUAGACAUUGAUGUGGGGUUUGAUAAAGGCUUGGACCGUAUCUUCUUGGUGUCCCCAAUCACAAUUCUCCAUGAGAUCAACGAAGACAGCCCCUUGUUUGGGAUCAGCCGCCAAGACUUGGAGACAGAUGACUUUGAGAUUGUGGUCAUCCUGGAAGGCAUGGUAGAAGCCACUGCUAUGACUACGCAAGCUCGGAGCUCCUACUUGGCCAGUGAAAUCCUCUGGGGCCACCGCUUCGAGCCUGUCUUGUUUGAGGAGAAAAACCAGUACAAAGUAGACUAUUCCCACUUCCACAAAACCUACGAGGUCCCGUCCACCCCCCGUUGCAGCGCCAAAGACUUGGUGGAGAACAAAUUCUUGCUGCCCAGCACCAACUCCUUCUGCUAUGAGAACGAGCUGGCCUUCAUGAGCCGUGACGAGGAAGAAGAAGAUGACGACAGCCGGGGUUUGGAGGACCUGAGCCCAGACAACAGGCACGAGUUUGAUAGGCUUCAAGCCACAAUAGCUCUGGAUCAGCGGUCGUACAGGAGGGAGUCGGAAAUAUGACUCUUGGUCCUUCCAUUGACUUUUCCGAGGGUAUUUUUUUUCCUCCUCUAAUCUCUUCCCCUACCACCCGCUCAAAUUAUGCAGAACAAUGCAAGUGCCAUAGGAAUGCUUGAGAAAUUAGUAUCGUUCAUAGUUUUCAGUUUCAUCGCAAUAACCACUGAGCGGUCUGCAGGAGGGGAUGGCGGCAGGCCCACAGCGUCCCCCGCGCCCGGUGCCCACCGUGGGGCCGACGGCUCAAGGGGGACAGACGGAUGGAUGGAUGGAUGGAUGGGUGGAGAGAGGAGUGUCCGUGGGGUGUGGGCAGGCGCUCGCCCCACACGGCCCUGCAGGGCUUUGCUCUCCCUGCGGGGAAAAUGCCAGCGU